GAUAAUAUACUGAAUGAUGAGGAGAGCGAUCGUCUGAAUUCGGAGGACCAAACACGUCAACAACCGAACCGAAACAACGAGUCGAGUGAAGCUCAUCAAUCAACUGGCACCAAUCGACAGAGAAACAGUCUUGACCAGGCUGAAUUACGUAAGAAGAUCAUUCAGAUUCAACAUGACACUUCAGUCGAUCCAAAACAAAAAGCGCGUAUGAUGCAGCAUCUCAUGUCGCACGGUGUACUUCCUGCUACACCAACUGCAGAUACACACAAAAACAAACAACCACAAGUCCAAACAGAAGACAUUUACGCAGUAUCCUACCAUAAAAAGGAAGAUGGUAUCCUUGGCUGCCAACAUUACCAGCGAAAUUGUAAACUACAGGCAGCUUGCUGUGAAAAGAUAUUCGUUUGCAGAUUUUGUCAUGACGAGGCGUCUGAUCACGCAAUUGUUCGCGUCGAGACAAAAAAUAUGUUAUGUAUGCUGUGCAAAACCAUCCAGCCAGCAGGAAAGGAUUGCCACAAGUGUGGAGAGCAAAUGGCAGCAUAUUAUUGCGACAAGUGUAAACUGUGGGACAACAUUCCAAACAAGGAAAUCUAUCAUUGUGAUGACUGCGGUAUUUGCAGACGAGGAAAAGGACUCGGCGAAGACUUCUUCCAUUGUAUGAAAUGCAAUAUAUGCAUGGUAAUCUCAAUAAAGGAUAAACACAGGUGCAUAGAAAGAAACUUGGAAUCUGAUUGUCCAAUCUGUGGGGAAUACAUGUUUACAAGUACAGCCAAAGUUAUAUUUAUGCCGUGUGGUCACUGCAUUCACAAGCACUGUUACGAAACAUAUCUUCAGAGGGCCUACCAAUGCCCCACAUGUCUAAAGUCUCUUUGUAACAUGGAAGACUACUUUAAUCGAUUGGACCAAGAACUGCAGCGCCAACCAAUGCCAGCUGAAUACGAAAAUUAUCUUUCAUAUAUAUUCUGUAAUGAUUGUGAAGAAAAGUCGGUUGCUAAGUAUCACUUUUUUUACCACAAAUGUAAAAACUGUAAAAGUUAUAAUACAACAGUC